CCAGACUUACAACUUUGGUGGUCAGUGGCCAAGAUCAGGAAGAAAAACAUUUUCAUGAAAAAAGAGUAAAACUAAUAAUAAAAAUAAUAAUAACUUUUGGAACAGCCAGAGGCAUCGCAAAAUCUGAAAUUAGAAAACAACAGAAGCGACAGGGAAGGGAUGUGCGUGCGUCCAUUGCAGAAAAAAUCAAUACGUAUUUACGUAUUUAUCCAAGUGCUACACAAACGCAAGGGAAAUGGAAAAAAAACAUAAUGAUUUUUUCAGCAAAAACCUUUUUCCCAUCUGCUAGAAGACAUCAACACUAUCUAUUCAUAUCGCUUUAUUUUUCUGCCGCAUUUUAUUGCAUAUUCAACCAAAAUCAGGAUGUAAUCUUUCCAGAAAACGACCAGCUACCCCCAACUGCGUUCGAUUACAUUCCCACGAGAGUCACUCCUGUACGAAUGCGAAAUUGAUCUGAAAACGAUUCCUUCCUCCACCGGAACCGAUUUACAAAUGGAAAGCAAUUAAGUCAUUAAAAAGAGGUUUCGCUUCAUAAAACUUUCAACCAUCACAAAGGGCGCCAGAUAAUAAUGUAUAAAUUAAUGAGUGUAAAGCUUUUAAAAACAGCUCGGUGAAGUACACUUAGUUAAAAUACGUUGACAGGUUAUGUGAUAUCAUCGGCCGAGUUAUUCGGUUGCAGAUAGUUUCUACGUAAAAUCCAAGUUUAUUCACAACAAGCUGUCGAGUACUUGAUCAGGAGACAAACUGAAGCCCGGUGAGCAAAGCAUUUAUUUUCAUUUCCCUUCGACCUUUGCUAAGUCAUAGCGGUUUUAAGAAAGACACAAGCGUAAUCCGAAAAGCUUUUACAUUUGGAUUUUAUUCACAGAUUUCUAGUUGCGUUUACGAACAAGUUUUACUCUUUGUCUCUUGUGAGGUCAAGAGAAGCCAAGUGUUGAAUUUGCUCACAAUUUUGUGCCUGAAUAAAUUUGUCGAACAAAGAAGCAAAGAUCAUUCAGGGCAGGAUAAAGCAUGAUAAUUUUAUCACGUCCGAGUUCCUUUUAUGUACUUAUUAAAGUCCUUUUCGGUAAAGCGCUUUACAUCUCGUUGGGACAUCUUUUUUAAAUUUAUCUACCACUAAUUUCUGACGUCUUCUUCAUUUAUGGUAAAUUCUUUGACAUUACUUUAAGUUGUAGACAGAAAACAUACGUUAUAUGCCGGCCAAAUGGUGACUUCAAAGUUGUGAUUACUCUCGCCGAGUCGAAUAAAUUUUCAGUUCAGGGGAGUGAAUGGCUGUCCAAACUUCAUAAAACACUUUACUUAAAUAUGCCACUCUGGUCAUAUUCAUGCUCUAAAAAACAUAUUGGGAGGCCAUAAAUGACAGGUAAAAUAUUUAAUAUUGAAAGGUGACGAGGGGUUAAAUCUAUAUAUAUACAGAAGACUGAUAUUAAUGACCUAAAUUUUUAAAGGCAAUCGUUUGCAUUUUGUGCAGGUUUUAAUUAACUGAUCUACGCCUGAAUGCCCGCGUAUCAUUUAGGUUCCCUUCGCAGAGCAUUGAAGUCGAUUUCUUGAAAGGUUAACUUAUGGACUUUUCUCUGGAUAUAUUGACUGAGGAAGGACGAUUUUAAACCUCACGGAGGGUAAAUUUUGUUACUGAUUUUUUCCCUUUAAUUUACCCUUUGGUCAAUCGCGGCGUUAAGCUUAAAUUCAUGAUUUGCUGCCUGUCAGUUCAGAUCUUUACGUGAAGUCGGUUUAUAAACGAGACAAAGUGAUGAAUUUCUGUCGGUUGUGAUGUCCAUAAGAUUUCACAUUGUAAGCUCUGGGCAUUUUUGGCUCGCAGAUAUCUGCCGAGGAAAAGAAGGGGCACUUCUGGUGAAUACGUUUUUCUUAGAAGGGUGACGAUCGACUUUACGUCCAUCACUUGGAGUUUCAUUCUUGAGGUCAUUCCGAGCGUGAGGGACCUUUUACAGCACCAACGUAUAAAACAAGAUAGAAACUUAUGCUGGCUUAUGAAGACAGAAAGGGCUGAAACAACGCCAGAUCAUACCAGCUAGAGAACACAUCACCCAGGCUAGAAGCGGGCAGAAGUAAUCGAUACCCGUGACAAAAAGAGCUAAUCGACAUCAAAUACUUCAACGCGAUCACAGACAUUGAUAUGAAGACGUCAAAGCACAUGGAACAAUUAAUUUAAUAACCAGAGGCACGCUAACCAUCAACCCGAGUGUUUACACAGCCUGUAAUUCUGUUAUUUGCAUUUGAAGAGUGUUUGAAUCGGACUAAAGGCCGCUUUGUAAGUAAACGGUGACACACACAAGUCCAUUAGCACCGACUACCGUGAAACAGGCCGCGCACGUCUUGGAGAUAACCCGUCACUGGAGUUCAAGCAGAGAGACAUUGAUAAAACAAAGCAUUUCGUGUAGCUUAAUUCCAACGUGAUAACGGCCACUUGAAACAGGGCAGGCGGGCUACAAACUUGCUAAAGCCUUGACGAUUUAAACCAGUUUCCCGUGCAAGACAAUUAAUGAGAGACCAUUGCCAUACGUAACACUUUCAAAAUGGAUGGAAACGACACAACACGGAGCAAUGUAACUACUGAUGGCCUCGACACACUUAGUUCUCCCAUUUUUGACAAAAUCUUUAGAAUUCUAAUCGUUUCUAUCAUAAUCCUCGUCAUUGUUGCAGCAGUCUGUGGAAAUCUACUCGUGUGCGCGGCUAUUUUACUCAAUAAGCGCCUUCGAAAGACCACCAACUACUUCAUAUUCUCUCUGGCCAUCUCCGAUCUCAUGACAGCCUUUUUCUCCAUGCCAUUUGACGUGGAAGUUCUGUUACAUCCAUACCAAUGGAGCGGCGGUGAGUUCUUGUGCAACUUUUGGACCUUCAUGUACCUCAUAGCCGCACCAACUUCAAUGCUCAACCUUAUGGCGGUGAGCUUGGACCGAUACCUUGCCAUUAGCACGCCGCUAAGAUAUUACACCGUAAUGAAACCCAAGGUAGCCUUGUUGAUUAUAGCUAUAAUCUGGCUUUAUUCGCUUACGUUUACCACCGCUGGGAUGGUCCGUUGGCCCUAUUACGAGAGUAGUGUGAUAAAUGCACUGUGUUAUUUUAAUAUUAACCCGUACUACUCCGUGGUUAGCUCGGCGGUAAAUUUUCUUUUACCAACGAUGAUCAUGUGCGUGAUUUAUUACCAAAUCUACAAGAUUGCCAGCGCGCAUGCCCAGCGCAUCGCAAAGCAAGAAGUUCCAACCUCUGUGGCGUCCAACUCUAAUGAAGACUCUGCUACCAUGACUUCUGAGAAGAAACGAAUUAAAAGAAACAUCAAGGCGGCCAAGACCAUUGCCAUCAUAGUUUCCACUUUUCUGCUAUGCUGGAUUCCGCUAACUCUUACUUCCACGGUUGGUGCCCUUUGUAGAGAAUGUUUGAUAGUAAAUGCUGAAUUAUGGACGGGAUUUAUGGUGUUAGCGUACAUGAACUCUGCAAUGAAUCCCAUAUUGUACUCAUUCUUCAACCAGCAAUUCCGUGAAUCCUUCAAAAAGCUCUUUAAACUACAGUUUACAUUUCGCUAGAUCCCCUCAGUGGUCUUGUUGCUACACAAGUUUAGGUAAUGCACCACUGUAGAAAAGGAUUAGGUCGACAUAAAGCUAUCUUUAACAAAAUUCCUUGUUGUCUUUGACAACAGAAAUUUACUUAGAAAGUUCAAAAGGCAGCAGAACUGACAUUUUAACAUGGAAAAUAUCUAUGGGGAUAAUUGAAAAAAAUUUGCUACAGAAAAUUACCAUAACUAAGCCGACGAGCUAAAACGAUAACAAGUAUAUUAAUUAAUUCCGUACGAGAGGUCACCGGAAACCUAAAAGACUUAAUUGGAAAGAAGAUUUGAAGUUGGAAUGAUACGAUUAUCAUCGCACAAAACCACUCAUCCGGUCGAGUGAAACAAUACAGAGGGCUUUUUGGCACCAAACGUGCAUUCUGAAUGGUUUAAAUUAACGUUGGUUAUGUUAACUAUGGCUAUUUUAUGUAAUUAAGAAAUGUUUAAUAUGUAAAUACUGUAUGCCUGUAUGGAUCACUUCAAGGAUGUUUAUAUUAAGGCAUGCGUGAGCGAGGUCCAAACCAAAGGCUUCUUUUGUCAAGGGAAAAAAGAGAUAACUAGUCAAAGCAAACAUAAAAAGAUAAUUAAAAUUGAAAGUUCACGUUACUGGGCGUUGCUCAUUUCAGUUAUUGCUUAUUAGAAUGAAAACAAAGUUGGCAUUUAAUUCGGUCAGUGUUGUUACCACCCACUUCGAACCAAGUCAGUUGUUCCCGCCGGCUGCCAGUUAAAAGUUCUUUCGCCGGUGUUCUAUAUUCUUUUCUUGUCUCGCUUGGUAUAUGUAAAGAUUGACGAUGUGAUAGACAUACAACUUAAAAGCUGAAAGAGGCGUCUUUCAGUCUAAAUCAUAAUCUACUGCUUCAAAAACCAGUUGUCACAACACCUUGCGGAGAAAAAGCAGACGGAUAAUGUCCCCGGCGAAAAGGAAUUAAACAUCUUUCAAGAUGUUCAUUACUUUUGAUGGAAAAGUAAACAAAUUCAAUUGUUUAACUCUUGUAAAAGUUAUUGGAGUCACGAAAUCGUGAUAUCAUACCGGCCAAAUAAACAGAAAUUUCCUCCCUAACCGCAAGUAGGGCGUAUAAGAAACGAGCCGGUGAAACUCAAAGCAGCUGGUAUUGUUUCAAAAUUUUAAUAAGGUAGAGACGUGCUGUAAUGCACGGUAUUCCUAUCGUCCGACAGUAAAAAGAUCUGUCUGUCAGGAAAUAAUUUAAUUGCACGUUUUCGACACUUAACUUGACACGGAUUCAAUACCAAAUCCAAAUUAUUAAUUUGAAAGGAAACCGUCAACAGCCAAAUCAACUCAGUAUAAUCAGCUCAAAAAGACACUGCGACUUCCACAAACUACCUCGAAACUCACGUGUAUAAAGAACAAAAUCAUUUUAGGGAAGAGGAAAAGCGUGGGGGACCGGGGUGAUAGGGAGGUACAUGGAACACGGGCUACGAAACUGCCGACUUCUGCUCGGUUCUUUGGGCAAAAAAUGAAUUUUUGGGCAGUGGUCUGUUCUUGGCAAUAUUUUUGAGUAGUUUUGAACUUAAAAGUUUACGAAGAAUAUCUUUCAAAACAGAUCCUAAAAUCGAAUGCACCCCAGCCCUUAAGAUGUUCUUAAGUGUUGGAAAACACGAAACAUAGCAAAAUGGUCAGUGGCAGAGGACCUCGGAGUGACAGCACUGAUUGUGCGCGGUCCUCUGAACGGAUUCCUCAGUAGUUCUACUUGUAUGACAGCUAGUGUAACCCAGGCUAAGCUCAAGCUAGCUGGUUCAUUACCUUCUCUAGUUUCAUUGCUUUGUGUCUAGGCCAUUAGUAAAUGUGUUUAUCUGUCUAUGUUUUAAUGAAGCUGACAAUGAAAAACAGAGAGGCAUACCGAGGCGCUAUGACGACCUUAGGUAGCGCUGACCCCACAUAAGGGAAUGAUACCCGGCAAUUAGAUCUGGAAGGGAUAUCAAAUGCAAGGAACUGCAUAAAUUAAGUAGUUAACUGCCAUGCUGCCAUCAAACAUAUGGAAAUAUAUAUAUACUGCUUGAACUUGAAUAGAAUAAACCUUUGAGAGCGCUCAACCCUGAAAUAUAUAUAUAUAUAUAUUUUUCAAUCAGACUAUAAAAGAAUAUAGCAAUGUGACUUCUACUCGACCAUUCAGUAUUUUCGCAAAACUAAAAU